UCAGAGUAGUUCAGUCUCAGACGGGCUGUCGGUGGGCUCAGCACUUUGAGUUCAUCUUUCAGUCGGACGGGGCCUUUCCCAGUUAAAGAGGAAUGAAAACAGGGGACGUUUAGUGCAGUUUCUACACAGCUCAUCUCUCUUUAUCGAUAGGAAAUCAAGGAAACGCAGCAUGGGGGUCUCUGAGGAGAAGAAGGAACCAUGUGGAACCGUCUGUUUGAAAUACCUCCUGUUUGCUUUCAACUUUCUCUUUUGGUUGGCAGGGGGUGUUGUGAUGGCUGUGGGUGUUUGGACCUUGGUUGAGAAGAGCGACUACAUCAGCCUUCUCCCCUCCAAGACCUACGCUGCCUCCGCCUACAUCCUGAUCCUGGCUGGAGCCAUCGUCAUGGUAACAGGCGUGCUGGGUUGCUGCGCCACCUUCAAGGAGCAGAGGAGGCUACUGCGAGUGUACUUUGUCCUGCUGCUGUGCAUCUUCCUGCUGGAGAUUCUGGCUGGCAUCCUGGCUUAUAUCUACUACCAGCAGUUGAACGAGGAGCUGAAGCAGAACCUGAGGGAGACCAUGAUCCAGAAGUAUCAACAAAAGACCUAUGAACACAUCACCAGGGCUGUGGACAAGCUGCAGCAGGAGUUCAAAUGCUGUGGGAGCAACAGUUCAUCCGACUGGGAGGAGAGCAUCUGGAUUCGCUCCGGUGACUCCAAAGGCAGGGCGGUGCCUGACAGCUGCUGUAAAACUCCUACAGAGUUCUGUGGUCGCAGGCAGCACCCCUCCAACAUCUACAAAGUGGAGGGUGGCUGCAUCACGAAACUGGAGAAAUUCAUCCUGGAGCAUUUGAAAAUCAUUGGAGCAGUGGGGGUUGGGAUUGCCUGUGUACAGAUCAUAGGGAUGGUGUUUACAUGCUGCCUAUAUCGAAGUCUAAAGACGGAGCCGUACUAAGAGAAGCAAAAGAAGAAAAGCGAGUGAAUAACUUCAUCACCACAUAUCGGACUCAAAUAACCCAAAGGUUCUUUUUUUGCCUUGCACAUAGGGAAGGAAAAUAAUGCAAGGGAUCAAAUUGAACAUCAGAGGAUCUCAUUUUUGUAAAUAAAUGGUGGAAUAACACUCCAAGGUUGCUUAAAGUAAUUAGGUACUCAGACUUCAGUCUUAGCUCCAUAUUUAAGAUCACAGCGCUGUGAGAAAAAGCCUCUGAGAGAAACAGAGUGGAGUUUUAACACAGAUUGUGUAAAUUAGUGUGGGACAGCCUCCAUGGGACUAAGACAUUGUAAUUUCCUUCCACUCCAAUUCCCUCAAUGUUUAUAUCUGCAAGCCAGGUGCUGCUGUACACCCCAGAGUAGUCUAAAGGUCAAUGGAGUAAAACUGGCACUUUGUUGAAAAUACCAUUCCUGGUCACAGUAGCAGCCCAUCCCUGUUGCACCCUUCUAACACAUCAUUAACUGUCCAGUCAUGCAUUUCAAGCCUCUGUUCAACAGAGGCCUUUCAAUUUUUGAUCCAUUAGUUUUUAUAAUUUGUAAUAAUAAUGAUUUUCUGCAACAUUUGUGGUGCUUUCUUAUGAGCAAUUAUGUUUAUCUUUAAUGCUUUAUACGUCUUCACAAUGACAUGUCAGUUUGAUCACGUUUUAAUCAACUCUUCCGACUUAACCACCUGCUCAAGAAUGCUGUCUGCCAGGGUGACGGUACAAGCUGGUGCCUUGCUUAACAGCAUAACUGUGCCGUUUGAUGGCUAUCGUAAUUUCCGGACUAUAAGCCGCACUCGCUACAUGUAAGAUGAAAAAACAUGUUGUACAUAACCGCAGGUGUAAC